UUUCAGCUGGUCACACUGCUGCCAAAGGGCGUUAUCUCAGCUGUUUUGCCUUGACUUUGCUUACAUUUUACAAGUUUAUCAACAAUUAAACAACGUUAGACCAUAAUUAAAAUGGCCUCAGCGACCAGUUCAAGUGCUCGGCAUUUAUUCGACGAGUCGAAGAAGCGAUUGUGUGCCCGCGUGGGCGUUAAUGUAAUAAUUUGGGUGAGCUCUGUGGCUCGCCAGGUUGUCAGAGGUUCCAAGAGCAACGAGAUCAUGCAUCAAACCCUGAAGAACUUCACCCAAGUGGACGUGGUCUCCGAUUACAGCCACCAGAAUCUGCAGAAGAUGACGCUGAUCCUGCAGCACGUGGGCUACCAGUACGAUGUGAUGCAGGAUAGCGUGAACCACUUGGAUUACCUCAAGGAGCAGGUCACGGCCAUGGAAAGAUGA